AUGGGAUGUUUUCUGGGUUGUUUUGGAUUCAAAAAGAGAAAAAAGACCAAAAGACCCCCCAACAAAUGCCCAUCUGGAGAACAAAACCCUGGAAGUUAUCUACCUCUUGAUUAUGAUGUCCCAGUCGAAGUUGAUACGAAAGGAAUCAAUGUCAGUUCAAAUUCCUAUCAUCUCAAGGAGAAGCCGAAAGAGCCGACAAAAUCGAAAAUAAAGAAGAAAGUCACCUUUAAUCUAAACGUGAAAGCUUACGAACCGAUUCCGAAAGAAGAUCACGCUGUUGAUUACCUCUCGGAGGGUGAAGAGGAGACGAAAUGGGAAUUCAAUUCAAAUUCAGUCACGACAAACUACAGAUACCAAAACUGCACAGACAGCUAUGAUGAUGAAGAUGAUGAGUUAACCUUGGGCGAAAAUGAUUUAUAUUCGGAGGAAAUUGAGGAUAGUGAGCACGAGUCGGAUGAUGUUUCUAGCAAAGAAAGUGAUGAAGGAAUCGAAAGCCAAGAAAAUUUCGAUUGGGAGUUAAAUCCUUUAGACACUGAUGAUGAAGACAGGCAAAUAAUGGAAUUAAGUGGUCGAGACAAGAACCGGUAUUUGUACUCUGUGCUUAAUCCUGUUGAAAAUCUCGCUCAAUGGAAGAAGGUUAAAGGUAAAGCGAAAAAUGGGCUCAUGAAGUUUGAAAAGGAGAAUUUGAAUCCAAAACAAGAUGAAGAAAAGUUCUUGGGCACGAGGCCUAGUCCCGAUUCGUUGAAUUUUGUCAAGAAAAUGGGAGGUUCGAAUGCUGCUCGAUAUUCAGAACAAACCAUUUCAGUUGAUGCAAGUUUCUCGGGAUGGAACAUGUAA